UAUUUUUUACAUUAGAUACGCGAUUGGUCAAUUUUCUUACGCAUAUACAUUAUGUACAUUCUAAAUCUUUCUCUAAUAUCUAUUUCUAUCAACUGAGAGAUUAAAUUUGAUUUUAACUUAUUUCUUAUCUUCUUUAGUUCUAAGAAUUUGAUAAAGAGUAAACUGAAAUUGAAGUUAAUCUAUAUAUUGAUAGAAAAUAAAUAUAAAACAGUCUUAAACAGAUCAAAAUGGAUGUGGACUCAAGACUCGACGUUUCUAGAAUGUUCUGUCAGAAAUUACCUACAAGAAAGAAUUACCUACAAAAGAUAAUGUGCUUGGUCAUUCGUUCUGAAAUUCUCCGCUAGGCGUAUUUGUUCCUUUGUCAGUGUCUAGAUUUUUUUCUAUCUCACAGCUUAACGACUUCAAAUUUUGAAUCUGAUAGCACGGAACCGGAACAAAGUAAUACGACGCAAAACGUGAAAGCGGUUAGACAGCAUUUCUCGAUGAAAAUAAGCACGCGAUCUUAUUGCAAUUUUGUUUAUUACAUAACAUUGACUAUUUCAAAUUUUAUAAAUUGUUCUAUGCUGUGAGAUUUGUAGAAAUGGAGGAGAACGUGUUACACGUAGAGAUAUGUCAACAUGCCGGCAGUACUUUGCCAAAAACCAUGAUUGAAGAAGCGAUAAAUAUGGAACUUCAAUUGUUAGGAGAAAUUUCUCUCAAUGUCAUUCUAUAUGGCAAAGAUUCUACGAGCAUAAUUAUAAAAGAUCAUGUUGAAUCUAUAAUAUGCUCAUCUGACUAUGCUGAGAGAGGAAAGUUCAAGAUUCAAGGGGCUACCAUUAAAUAUUAUAUCUAUAGAUUGACGGAGGAUGGCGCCGCAAUGGAAACAAUGAAAUGUGAUUCUGACGAAUUACCAGUUGCAUCUCACUGGUUGUUACCUGCCCAGGAAUUUCACUAUAUGUGGGAAAAUUUAUAUUAUGAUUGUGAUAUAAAGAAUAACUUGUUACGAUUUGUAGAGACGACUAUGUUGUUUUCUGAUCAUGCUGUUAACUCUAAUAUUAUAAGCUGGAAUAAAGUGGUAUUGUUACAUGGCCCUCCAGGUACAGGUAAAACCAGUAUGUGCAAAGCUCUCGCUCAAAAAGCUAUCAUUCGUAUGGGAGAUCGCUUCACUCAUGGGAAAUUUAUAGAGAUUAACAGUCAUAGCUUGUUUUCAAAAUGGUUCUCAGAGAGUGGGAAACUUGUUAUGAAGUUGUUUGAUGAAAUAAAGAAUUUGGUUCAAGAUGAAAAAGCAUUGAUAUGCAUUCUGAUCGAUGAAGUAGAGUCGUUAGCUCACGCACGUAAAUUAUGCAGCAACGGGACCGAACCGUCCGAUUCCAUACGUGUUGUGAACGCAUUGCUUACGCAGUUGGAUCAAAUCAAACGAUAUCCAAACGUUUUAAUUUUGACAACGAGCAAUAUGACGGAAGCUAUAGAUCUUGCCUUUAUCGAUCGAGCAGACAUCAAGCAAUAUCUCGGAUAUCCGUCUGAAACCGCUAUUUACAACAUUUAUCAUUCAUGCUUGAAGGAAUUAAUGAGAACUGAAAUACUGGAACCUGAAGAAAUAUAUGACAUAUCGCAAUUAAAGAGAAUUGGAUACACAGAAUACGCGAACGAUAUUAAGAAUAGCCUCAAACUGUUGGAACUUAGUCGCGAGAGCGAUGGCUUGACUGGACGUACUUUAAGAAAGAUACCAUUUUUGGCGCAUGCUCUUCAUACGUCAACAGGAAAAACUACAUUAUCUAAAUUUCUGAAAGCCAUGCAUUCAGCUAUUUUGAAACAGGAUCAGCAAGAAGGUGAUUUGCAACAAUCAUGAAAAAAGUAUCAAAAUGGAAGGAACUGUAUGUAACAGUUUCCGUGAGGUCCAGUUUUGCACUGAUCCCGCCUCGUCGCACAACCGCCAUUAAAAUCACUGAGAUGCGACCGCUAUUAAAGUUACGCUUCGUUCCGCUUCGACAACGCAGACUAUACUUUGCACCGGUACAGGAGUUCUUCAUACAAUAUUUAUCACGACGUGCCUGUAUUUCAAAUGGAUAAAUUGCUAUUGUCUUAUCUGCUAUGCUAAAACACAACGAAUAACGGGGCAUAAUAUAAUAAAUAAUUUAUACAUUCCAAAAAAA